AUGAAGCCUGCACUGGAGAAUGAUUCCAGUAACUUAGUUUUUUCUCUGUCUGGACUAAAUGAAACAAUGGAAAACAGAUAUAUCUUUAUUUCUUUGACUGCACUGUAUUAUCCGUUAAUUGUGUUUUGUAAUGUAAUAGUAAUUUAUGUCAUAAUCUCAUAUCAGAAGCUUCAUGAGCCAAUGUAUGUGUUUAUUUGUAAUUUGUGUAUGAAUGCACUUUUUGGUACAGCUGGAUUCUACCCUAAAUUCAUGUAUGAUUUAUUAUCUCAGUGUCAUGUAAUUUCAUAUCCUGGAUGUCUGGCUCAAAUAUUUGUCAUUUAUUCAUCUGUUUUAUGUGACUUGUCAACAUUAACAGUGAUGGCUUAUGACAGGUAUGUGGCAAUAUGUAGACCACUGGAGUAUCAUUCAAAAAUGACUAAGGAAAGGGUUCUUCAAUGUAUCUUGUUUUGCUGGGUGGCUCCAUUUUUUUGUAUGUCUGUUCUUAUUGCAUUAACAUCAAGACUCACCCUAUGUGGCUCUAGUAUUGACAAGCUGUAUUGUGAAAAUUGGUCAGUUGUUAAACUUUCUUGUGUUUCUACAACAGUCAAUAAUGUGAUUGGGUACACUGUAAUUCUUCUAUACUUUGGUCAUGCGGUAUUGAUAGUUUGCUCAUAUAUUCAUUUGAUUAGAAAGUGCAGGAGGUCAAUGGAGGGCAGACACAAAUUUAUACAGACAUGUGUACCACAUUUGCUUGCACUGAUGAAUGUGGCUGUUGCAUUGCUGUUUGAUGUACUGUACAGCCGUUAUGGCUCGAGAAGUUUGCCACAAGGUAUCCGUAACUUCAUGGCCAUGGAAUUCCUCCUCAUACCCCCUAUUUUAAAUCCCCUGAUUUAUGGAUUAAAUCUAACAACACUACGAAAGCAAGUCAUGAGCCUGUUCUUUAACAAACAAGAGGGACUACCUGAGUAA